GCCACAAUGGUUAUAAUUCAGCUCUUGUUGUUGCUGAGCUUCUUGGAUACCAGUGUGCAGGAAUCUCUGGCUGUGAGGGUGGCCAGGACCCCGCGGGCGCCUUGUGCCAGGGGCCAGGCGUGUGACCCAAGGCAGCGGAGAGAUGCUGGAGGACGCGGUGGGGUUUACGAACACCUCGGAGGAGCUCCACGACGCAGAAAACUUUACUGCGCCACAAAAUACCAUUUGCAAAUUCACCCAAAUGGAAAAAUAGACGGGUCUCUUGAAGAAGACAACCCAUUCAGUAUACUGGAGAUCACGGCUGUCGACGUUGGGGUGGUAGCGAUCAGGGGUCUGUUCUCUGGAAGAUACUUAGCCAUGAAUGAGAAAGGUCGCCUAUAUGCCUCGGAAGUCUUUAACAAAGAGUGUGAGUUUCUGGAGCGGAUCCAUGAGCUAGGCUACAACACGUAUGCAUCGAGACACCACUCCACCACACAGCCGCCCUCUGUGGGACCUAGCAGAGGCAGCAGUAGCAAGCGGCGAGCCCUUGCCAGGAAGCAGUGGUACGUGUCCAUCAACGGCAAGGGUCGGCCCAGGAGGGGCUUCAAGACGAGGAGCACCGACAAAGCUUCCCUCUUCUUGCCCCGCGUCUUGGGCAACAAGGACCACGAGAUGGUGCGUCUCCUGCAGAGCAAACAGCAUCAGGCGGGCUCCCGGCAGGCCCACGUGGGCCGAGCCGAGCGGAGAAGGAGAGGGCAUCGGGGGGGUAAGGGCCCCAGCAGAAGGGCGGACACCCACAGAGCGGAGCCUGUGCUACUGCCAGAGACUUCGUCUGUCAAACAUAACAAAAAAGUAAAACGAGGAAAAGCUGCCUUGGAAUCAGGCGAUUUUAAGGAGGACUUUUAUCAUUGA